CUCUAAAUAAAUGCGCCACUAACCUACACUCUUGCCCACUGUUCGCACAUUACCAUCUGCUACAGCUCCAUAACUACAGAAACCAUCAGAAACAAACUGUUACUGGUAAAGAUUCAACUAUUAGGGUAUAUCUGACUGUGCAAUAUUUGUCAUGGCCUGACACUUGCAUCGUAGUUUAGUCAGUGUGGCUCAGUUCUUUCGUUCUGUGAAAACUGACUGCAAGUGCUCGACUCGCUUAAAAAUUAACCAGCUUUAAACAGCACGGCUCUCAGUCCCAACGUCGAACAGAGGACAUUUGCUUAGAAUGAACAGCUUAUCAGCUCAAGGGUGAGAUACGAAAGUUGGUUGUAGAUGCCGAGACCAGGUUAGUUUAGAGGAAGUAGUAGCAGUUUUCUUCUCUUUUUUUUUUUUGCAAACAUCCGCGUCUACCAGCUACGUAUGUAACAAAUCAAAUGAGCAACAAGACUGCUGGAAACUUCUCAGCAAGACCAAAUUUACGUGACAAUGACAAAAAUGACUGACAGGAUGCUACUUGAGCUAGCCAGUUCUCAAUCAGAGCUAGAUAAUAUUUCCUGCUCUGAACACAAGUUCUCAAAUGCACUAAUACGUGGUUAAACAAUCCCCUAACCUUGAUCUAUAUAGCUAUAUAUGAAACUAUAUACACUUCCAGCUAUGACGGUAAUCAGCCUAACCUAAUCUAAACAACAUUUAAACAUGAAAUGGGAACCGCUGCUCGCAGGUUAGCACUUGACAUAAGUGCUUUGCAUAAAUGUGUUUGAAGACUACUCUAAAAAUGAACCUAAAUAAACUUUCAAUAAACCUAAAAGUAUUUUCACCAGUCGGGACACCAUCAAUCCUCGCAAAACCAAGGCACUUUAUAACAGUGAUAUGCACUACCUCAUGUGAUUCCUAACAUCAUCAGGGACUACCAGGAGUGGAUGGCUUGCCCGGACUGCCUGGACCAGUGGGACCUAUCGGCCCUAAAGGUGACACUGGAACACCAGGAAUCCCCGGCAUUCCAGGUCUGAAAGGCCAGAAAGGAGAUGGUGGAAUACCUGGAGAAUCAGGACUCCCUGGUGUCCCUGGGACCAUGGGACCAAGAGGGCCACAAGGGCCACCAGGCAGUACAGCAGUGGUUGAGGGACCUCUUGGGCCUCCAGGAGAUCCUGGGCCACCAGGACCAACAGGUGAGCAAGGGUUGCAAGGACAGCCAGGACCCUUGGGACCACCAGGAAGCAAGGGUGAACCAGGUGAAAGGGGCAACACAGGAACAACUGGUCCUCGUGGCUUUCCGGGCGAACAGGGACCCAAAGGUUCACCAGGAAGCACAGGCCCCCGUGGUCCACCUGGACCACCUGGACGUGAUGGUAUCCCAGGAGUCACGGGAUCAGGGCCAUCGUCUCCAGGUUUGCCUGGACGCCCAGGUGUGCCUGGGGAACCUGGGACCCCGGGACCACAGGCAAGUUUGAAGGAAUGUUCCUUUAGUGCAAAAAUGCCUUAAAAAUCAUAAUUAAUAUUUGUAACACAUAGAGAGUGAAAGUUUAUAUUACACACACCUGUUUUGUGUGCAACAUGACACCUUAAUUUUAACUAUAAUAAGGCUCUAUCUGCUCACUAUUACUUAAGGAAUAUCAAAUAUGGUUGCUGCUAUAAUUGAUUAAUUCGUCCCUUGCACCAAGCAAAUAACUUCUUCAGUGAGUCAGAAACACUCAAGCGCAAACAUUGGUCUAAGUGAAAAGUGUACGACAAGGAUGCGUUUAUAUAUUGUCAUGGCUCAACAGGUAGAAAUAAUGUAUCGCUAAACAAAAACAAAUUCAGGACUUAAGACAAAAGCAGAGUUUGCAUGGUUGCUAGCUUUUAAGUGAUAGUGUACAGUCACCUAUUGAAUACCAAACUCAAUUCUCAACUUUCAUUAAACUAUUAGCUGAUGGUUAAAACCCAUAUUUCCAAGUCUGUCUAGUGCCUUGUAUUAGUGAUGCUGUUGUACUAAUUUCACUAUGCUGAUCUGAAUCACCGUUUGUUCAAGAGAAAGAAAGGCUCUUUAAUGAGAACUGGAUUGGUUACUCCGAGUGAAUGUGUUGACAAAUAAAAUGAUACACGUACAUACGACAGACACAUAGCACGAAACACACAACCAAUAGUAUAGCCAUUGAACUAGUAAUGAAAUUGAUUGCUGCCGACAAAGAGGUAUCACUGUAACGCCACAAAAAAAACUCUGAUUUAUCUCAGGCAUCUCUAAA